GCUCAGUUCGGCUCGGACUUCGGACUCUUGAGUUUGAUUGAGUUUUCCUUGGAGGGAAGGUUUUUAUUUGUUUGGUGCGCUCAUUGUAUGGAGCGAGAGAAGAGUAUAAAGCACGGAGAGAGCCCUGUUGCGCCGAUAAGCAGCUGCAGGGAUGAACUUGGGUACGUACCAACGGUGGGCCGCUGGGGCAGCGAAUGGCCGAGUUGACUCGAGAGGGCAGGAAGAUGGGGCCAGCCGCAGGGCCAGGCACGAGGGCCCUGGAUCAGGGGGGUGCCACUGCCCCUGCCGGUCUGGGCGCACUACGAGUCACCUGCCCUGACCGUCGACACGGUCGAGCACUAUGAGGAACUGGCAGGCAGCGUUGAACUAGAGACGCAACGGUUACUGCGAGAGCAUCGCUAUGACACCGUCGGAAACUUCCUCAGGUUGUACAAGGAUUACAAGGCGAGCGGGGAGGCCACGCUGGAUCGGUUCUAUCGCAAGUACCAGCCGAUGAUAACCGACCAACACCAUACCUGCGUGGGUCUUGGCUUCGAGCUGCUGAGGCGUUUGUGCGGACUCGAGGACCGCUUCCCCGGGAUCGCUGGCGGCCUAUACUUGGUCUCCUGCGAGGAGACGAUCGGUGACAUCGCGAGCUACGUGGGCGGCCCCCCAGCGGCCGACAGCGGGGAGAAGGAGCACGUCCUGGUGUGCCUGAAGAUCGAGAUAGGCGGUCGUCGAGGAGUUCUUCUAUUGGACCCCGGGUACCAUGUGGCCCGAGUUAUCACCGUCAUGGCGGACAAGCUCUAUCCGCACACCGGGUGGUUCACCCAAUCCGACGAGCCUGGAUGCAAGAAGGAAUACAACUACUUCACCUGCGCCCAGGACCCCGACUACGUGGAGUGGCACGAACGCGAGACCCGACCCGGGGGCUCGGAGCGCACCCAGGCGGCGCUCGUCUACGUGGCUAGGCCGUACUUGACGGCGAUCGACGUCACCGAGCGCAGGAAUCUCGUCUACAACUUCCGCAGUCUGCUCGCCCGAGACACCAAGGGCCACGUGGUCGCCGGCGUCUACUUCCCGGUGGUCCUCGACCUGAAGAACGAACAGCUCUUCACUGUCUUCUACCAGACGAACCAUGGCAAGAGGAGGGUCAAGAUGCCCUUCUUCAAGUUCUGCAGCUCGCCGAAGAUAAGUCCCGACGCCGAAGAGACCACCGUCAUAUCGGAGUGCGCUCGUCAGUUGGGCCUCCCCAAGGAGAGCCUGGAGAGCCUUCUAUCGGACCUCGCUGCCGUCAUGAGCGACACGUCUUUCGUGGCGCAACUCCUGGCCAUCAACGCCAGGAUCAACACCCUGGCAGAGGAUAACUAACAGACGUCGAGCCGUCUGGCCUGGGGCCGACGCCUCGUCCACGGAUCCUUAGGUUGCCUUCGUCGGAUCUUCUUUUAUUUUCGCUUCGUUCUCCUUUAUCGUCUCUCACGGUUUCGUUCGCCUUUCGUUUUGCGCUGAUCCUUUGUCGGUCUCUUUUAUUCGUGAGAGAGAAGGGAAGGGCUGGCUAGUUAACCCUGCUCCUAGUCACUUCGUGCCGACUAAUCUGGAAGAAUCCUGGGAAUAUCCUGUGCAGGAAUUUCACUAUCUUGACCUUUGGUACUCUGAAAAAUGUUUUUAAAUUAUGACUAUCUGGUGUGUUCCGUGUCUGAUUUAUAAUAGUAUGUACUUCUAUCUCUCAUUGAUUUUUUUUUUUUUUUUUUUAAGGUACUGGAAAUUUUGAUUCAGUCUCGAUGAGGCAUGGAGUGACUUAGUUUGGAGCAAUUGCUUAUCCAUUAGAUAGACGACGAUUUUCGUUCGUUUUCCGGUCCUUCGAUGACAAUUCGAGAAAUCGACGCUAUUCUCAACACAGGAUGGACUAAAUUCUACUCUUUAGCAGUUGUAUAUUUUAUCUACAGAAGAAAAACAAUAUCACGGGGUCUUUGUUGUAACACCGUUCGUUUCCUCUUAUUUUUUUCUUGGUUUCUAAGGUACACGAUAUUUAUUUUAUUACAUACUGCGACUUCAUCCUUGCGUACACACGCCUUGGUGGUCUUCAACGAGAGUAUUGUGUAUCUUCUAUCGUCUCUGUCUCUUUUUUUUUGCUUUGUGGGAAUAAAUUUUAGUAAAGGAGCCUAA